UAUUACAUUAACAAACUCCAAAUCUGCGUAAAACGGUUGCAUCAUAAAGAAAAAAGGGACAAGCAAGACAAUAACUUGAUGCUGCUGAUCGUCAACGGACGGGAUUCCAGAACAGGAACAUCAUAAUGGAAGUGUUUAAACGAAGUUAGUAGUCAUCAGCGCAAGGAAAGCUCAAGGAGGUUCGAUUUGGUUGUAAAAUGGAACAUUAUAAGUCCCGAAACAACGAUUUCUUCCACUUCACAAACCCCCACGAUGAUGCAAGUGAGCUAGAUGAUGAUGACGAUUACGAUGAACUGCAAUACGACGAUGUCGAUGAUGAUCGUAGCUGUGAUUUUAAUUUCUAUAAUUUUCGUCCCAUCGGGAUCGGGAGUACUUCAUAUCCGCCUCCUAAUUCCCAGCCAAGUGGUGUGAUGAACGAGAAUGAUACUGUGACUACAUCCAUGGAGAAACUCGGGACCUUUGACUAUGGGGCCUUGUUUUUUCACUUAGACAAUACAAUGAAGAACCUUUCUGAUAAACUUCAUCACACAAUUGAAGGUAUUGGCACACAAAUCUCUAGCCUUGAAGAUGAAACUUGCAAAAUUGAUAACCAUGUAGAGGAUUUGAAGAACUUCACAGAAAAGUAUCACGGGACAACCCACAUGAAGCUAAAGAAGAUGCAUAAUGUUUUACAAGAGGUACAAGAUGAUGUCUUAUUUUUGAAAGACAAACAUGAAAUAGCAGAAACAAAGCUUCAACUUGCUAAACUUCAAGGUUCAAAGAGAGACAAAGAACCUGCUGCUCAAACAAAUCCACACCACCAGCAACCAUUGCCUUCUCCACAGUCAUCUUUUCACACACCAUUAACUCCACUUCUCAACCAACCACCAUCAAAUGGAGUAACUUUCUCACAAGACUCUCAGGUUCCACAUUUUACACAAUCAUACCUUCCGAAUUCAUCUCAAGGCAUUCUUAGUCCUCAAAAUCAUCCUUUCUUAAGCCAUCAUUCUCAAGAAACAUCUAAAAUGUCAUCUUUUAGCCAUUCUGAACCAGACAGAUGGGGCUCCAGUCAAGAACAUGAAGAGGGUUUGUCCCACUUUAUGCAUGUCCAAUCUUCAAGAAACUACAAGUCUGAGUUUCAUGCUAAGUAUAUGCCAGAAUUUGCUAGCUUUUCCAACAAUGAACUACCAUUUCCAAGUAAUUACACUCAUACCCCUGAGGCCCAACCACUGCCUCAUGCAUUGCCAACUGCUGUUGAUGUAGAAGACAGGUUAAGCACAGAAGGGAAUGGUAAUACAAUUCCAGUAGAUGACAUAGUUGAUAAGGUCACAGCAAUGGGUUUCAGGAGGGACCUUGUAAGAGCUUCUGUGAGAAAACUCACAGAAAAUGGUUCUUCUGUGGAUCUUAAUACAGUUCUUGAUAAGAUGAUGAACAACAAAUGAAAUGAUCAAAUCUAUAUAAUCUACUAUGAUGUACAGAAAUUGCAAAAAGGAACAAAAUGUACAAACUGAAGAUGUUAGGAAGCCAAUUCCAUGCUUGCAAAGGGCGACUUUAUGUCAUUGUGGUAAGUGGUCUUUUCACUCUUGUCAUAUGCUUCGUAGUUUCCAUGUCAUUUGUAUUAUUACAAUACAAAUGAUUUGUGAUUGAUAUAAUAUUUGUAUAAAUCAUGUUGUAGUUUGUUUCCAUUUCCUAAUCUUGUAAUUUGCAUAUGCUUUUAUCAAUAGCUGAUGUAUAAGUGAAAAAGAUCUAUAGCAUAAUUUAUCCCAG